GGCCCCGGCCAAGUCCUCUCUCAGGUCCCAGAUGUCGGUUCCGGAUGCCUGGUCUCAGAAGGGGGAACUAACUCUGGGGAAGCCCCCGCUCCACAAGCUGCCCAGGCAAGAUGUGGUGGCCGCUCCUCUGGGGAGUCCUCCAGGCUUGCCCCACGCAGGGCUCCGUGCUCUUGGCCCAACAGCUACCCCAGCAGCUGACAUCGCCCGGGUACCCAGAGCCAUACCUCAAAGGCCAAGAGAGCACCACUGUCAUUGAGGCUCCGAAAGGCUUUGCUGUGAGGCUCGUCUUCCAGGAGUUCGACCUGGAGCCGUCUCAGGACUGUGAGCAGGACUCUGUCACAAUUACAGCCAGUGGGAUGGGUCCACACCGGUUCUGCGGUCAGCAUGGCUCCCCGCUGGGCAACCCUCCAGGUCAGAGGGAGUUUGUGUCCUCAGGCAGCAGUUUGCAGCUGACCUUCUGUGCACCUGCCUCCUCUGAAAAUAAGACCACCCUCCUCCACAAGGGCUUCCUGGCCCUCUACCAAGCUGUAAGUAUAAACCACAGUCAGCCCAUCAGCCAGGUUAGUAGGGGCUCUGAGACCACACGCACACCUGGAGACAACCCCUUCAAAACCCAGAACCACUGCCAGGAGCCCUAUUAUCAGACAAUGCCCGCAGGGAUGUUCACCUGCACAGCCCAGGAUCCCUGGAAAGUGACACAGGACGGAGAGGAGGUUCCUCACUGUGCGCCUGUUUGUGGACGACCAGUUAUCCCCAUUGCCCAGAACCAGGAGGUCCAAGGUUCUUCCAAAGCUAAGUUGGGCAACUUCCCCUGGCAAGCCUUCACCAAUAUCUAUGGCCGUGGGGGUGGGGCCCUGCUGGGUGACAGAUGGAUCCUCACGGCCGCCCACACCAUUUAUCCCAAGGACAGCAUCUCUCUCAGAAAGAACCGGAGUGUGGAUGUGUUCCUGGGCCACACGAAGACAGAUGAGCUGAUAAAACUGGGGAACCACCCUGUGCGCCGUGUGGUUGUGCACCCAGACUACCAUCAGAACGAGUCCCACAACUUCGACGGGGACAUUGCCCUCCUGGAGCUCCAGCACAGUGUCCCCCUCGGUCCCAGGCUCCUCCCGGUCUGUCUGCCCGACAGUGAGACUCUCUACCGCAGCGGCCUGAUGGGCUACGUCAGUGGGUUCGGUGUGGAGAAGGGCUGGUUAACUACUGAGUUGAAAUACUCAAAGCUGCCGGUCGCCCCGAGGGAGGCCUGCAAAGCCUGGCUCCAAGAGAAACAGAGGUCUGAGGUGUUUUCUGACAACAUGUUCUGUGCUGGGAAUAAGACGUGGCAGCAGAGUGUCUGCCAGGGGGACAGUGGUGGUGUCUAUGUGGUAUGGGAUGAUCGUGCCCAUCACUGGGUGGCCACGGGCAUCGUAUCCUGGGGCAUCGGGUGUGGCAAAGGCUAUGGUUUCUACACCAAAGUGCUCAACUAUGUGGACUGGAUUAAGGGAGUGAUGGACGGGAAGGACUGACCCUGGAGCAGUGACGCCAGCACUGCGGACGUCCCAGAAGGAGGAGGGUUGAGAGUGAGGAUUGACCCCUGUGAGUGAAGAGGGGAGCGGGCCAGGAAGCCCUAUCUAAGUCACAGUGCUAGAGAGAAAUCCCCUGCUCAAGGAUGACCCCAUCCCAGACAGGAAGGGCAUCCGCCAGCCCCUUCUCCUCACCCUCUACCUUCCUGUAAAUUUGUGCUAUGCUCAAGGAAGCCCCAUCCAUCUCAGCGAGUUUCCCUUUGAACUUCAUCUCCUGCUGACACAGCUUCUUCCGUCUCUCCUGAGAACAGCCACCCUCUCAUCUCCCUGUUCAAGAGGUAUAUGAGGGAAGUGGUCUUAAUUGCAUUUCAUUUCUGAAACAUUCCAAAGCCCCUUUAGUUGACCUUCAAAUAUUCAAACUAUCAACUUUACCACCUACCACGAUGCCUAGUUGCUAUUAUAGUCAUAGCUCGGUUUUUGUUACAUCUCUGAAUACCAGGCACUUCACAUACGUUAUUUCAUUGAUUCCACACACCAAGUUUGCAAAGGAUGUUUUAUGAUCCACAUUUUAAAUGAGGAAACUGAAGCUCAGGGAGAUAAAGUGACUUGCCCAAACCCCACAGCUGAUCCGGGAUUGCAAAAACCAUGUGCUUUCCUGUGCACCUUGAUACUUCUCAGGCAUCCUCCAGACCUGCUGCUGCUGAGACCUGCUGUAUCGCCCGCUUCCCCUUCCCAAUUUCCACAUCAGUACAGAUUCUUGCUUCCUGGGAAUUCCUGUUUCAGUGAGGACGAGGACACCUGGCUCGCACUUUCUUGGGGGCCCCAUCUCCUGCAGACACCCCCAGUGCUGCUGAAAACCCCAGGCCAUGCUCUGCCUGAAAAGACCAACUCUCUAAUUUUUUGUAAGGACUUGGGGUGAUUUACAGUAAAAGGUGUAAAUAAAAUACAAUGGCUCAAAUUGAACUAGAAGAUGAAAACUAUAAAACGGAAGAAAGCAACUUCGCUAAUAUUGAAAUUCAAGUUAGCUGUAUGGGUAAAGGUUAAAUUUAUCUUUGAAAAAUAACAGGAUUCAAAGGCGUAUGUAUAUGUGGCCAUGUCUACUUUUUAAACCUACGCAUAGUACAAAAGGCUAUUAAAA